AAAUUCUAUGAUUUGGAACGAUUGUUAACAAAAAAUAUGAAGAAACGUAUCGAUGGCCGUCGAUUGGCACAAAAUAUUGGAGAACAAGUAAUUUUACUUGGAACUAUAGGAAAAAAAAGUUCAAAUGGUAGAAAUUUAGAAUUAAGAACAACUGAUGGUGUACAAGUAAAUGUAACUUUACCAGAACCAAUUGAUGGCAAUGCAGAAGGUUAUAUAGAAGUACAUGGCACUUUGCAAUCUAAAUCUACAAUGAAUUGUAGUAAUUAUAUAGUGUUUCCUCUUAGUUUAACUGAGGAAUUUGAUGCUGAUCAAUAUAAUGAACUGAUGGUUAUAUUAAAUAUAAUAGGAGUUGAAAAAUUGACAGAAUGUGAAUGUGAGGAAGAAAAUAAUGAUUUUUAAUCAUUGUAGAAAUGCUUUAUAAAGUGUUGAUAAAAAAAAUCAAUUAUACAUCAAUUUCUUAUGAGAAUACUAUCAUUUUUACAUAUAUUUAAAGUUAUAAGUUAUAUUUUUUUAACAAAAUGAAAUUGUAUCUAUAAAUAGAAUAAGCAAAAUUCAUUAUCCUUUAUUUCUAAUAUUUAUGUUUUAUUCCAAGAAAUAUAUAAAAUAAUGUCCUAAAACUUAAAUGAAUAUUAUUAAUAUUUAUAAUUUUUAUGAUUUCAUUUUUUAUUUAUAUUAUACUUACUGCUAUUUUACAUGAUGCAUCUAAAGAAAAACAUCUGCAUGUACAUGAAGUCACUGGACAUUCUGAAUGUUGACUAUAUAAACAAAACAAUAUAUUGUUA